UGGAAAGAGUUCAAAGUUUUUUUACAAUAAGAAAACUUUAUAAUGUUAAACCCUGAUGGGAACGGUUAUGUGCAUAUUACUUGGCCAAGCAAAAAUAUCCCACAUGGAGGAAUUUUUCACACUCGCGUGGCGGAACCAACGGACGGUCAGCAGGAGUUGCUUAGGGUUUUAUUAGAAGAAUCAAAGCUUACUAUCGCUCAGCGUCAAAAAACAUCUCUAAGGCUCCGUGAAGAUAAGGAAAGAAGGGAAGAUUCUGAACAAGUCAUCCAAAUGCCUGUAGUUCGCCCCAGAACAUCCCGUAGAAGAUCACUGUCCACUAUCAAAGAAUCUGGAGUCUUUAACAUGGAUGGAUAUCGACCAUUGAAACGUGGCGAAGACAGGGAACAGUUAAAAGAGAGGCUGGCUAACGUAAUGGCUUUCGGAAAUGAUCAACAACAGCCACAUCCUGUUUUAAUAGACAAAAAAAAACAACAACCCAAAUUGCCUUCUGCUAAAGAAAAGUGGAAUGAAUUGGUCACUCAAAUUCGAGAACGCACCGAGUGGCUUGCUGAAAUGGAAUAUUUGGGCCAAGCGGGCCCGCAUCGAGACAUUAUAAAAGAUCAGAUUGCUGAAAGAAUGCGUGCCUUAGAUGCUUUGGGAGUUGACAGCGCGUGCUCAACGCCGAAGUCGACUGCUUCAGGAUUUAGUACGAAAGGAUCCCAACCGCUAGACUUGAAAAGUCAUCGGAGCACCUCGACAGUGGUCUCAAAAAUGUCUACUAAUGGCAAGAAAAUGCAGGUUACCCGGAAUUCUAGAUCGCGGAACAAAGAGGAAAACGUGUCAGCGUAUUCUCAACUUUCGCCACUGCAGUACUCUCCUAGACGUCGCCAAUAAUACACUUAUUGUACAAUAUUAUAGUAUAUACUAGCGGCCUGCGGCUUCGCUCGCGUGGAUCAUGGAUUAAGCCUGAGUUACUCUUUAGUACAUCAGCCUCGUCAAAAUCUGUCUGGCCUAUUCAGAGAUUAGCCACUAAUGACAUACAAAGCCGAUACGUGGACAUUAUGCGACUGGUCCACCAAUUUAAGGUUGCGCAGAGAGAGAGCUAUCAAAUCCGUAACGAGGUGAUCCGACAGAAAACUGUAAGACACACACACACACACACACAACUCAAUAUUUUAUGUAUGUAUAUAUGUAUAUAUUUAGUAUAUUGCUAGUGUUUUUCUUUUGUGCACACAUCUACCCCUUAUCUGUUUUCUUUUUAAUUGUUCCAUCCAAAGGUUGUCUGGAAGAAAUCACCAUUGUGUGAUAAGACCGCCCAUUGUACGCAUAUUACUUAAAAUGUAUGUAACCUAGGCUACUUAAAUGUGUACAAUAAAGGAUAUAUAAAUAAAUAAAUAAGAACCUAUAACCGUUGGGGUAAACGUGUUCUAGAGUGGAAACCGCGUUUAGGCAAGCGUAGUGUAGGGCCAGCUAGCUCGAGUAACGAUAUCCGCAAGGUGACUGGAACUGGGGCCUUAUUCUGCUAUUACAAUUGUGUCAGAAUGGUCGAUCACUGAGCAGUGCGAGAGGGACGGAGCUAUGUAGGUUGUAUUGCUCCGUCCCUCUCGCACUGCUCAGUGAUCGAACAUUGUGACACAAUUGUAAUAGCAGAAUAAGGCCCCUGGUUGGAUGCGUAGUAGAGCUGAAGAUCGAGCUCAGUGGCGUGCCGAUGGAGAGGCCUAUGUCUAGCAGUGGACGAGAAUAAGCUAAUGAUUAUGAUGAUGAAACAGACAGGCAGACAAUAUGUACCGUACGUAUAUUCAUAUGCAUGUCGAUAUUACAAACAGAAACUGGCACUCUGAUUUUAUUUAUUAGUCUUGGGUGAUAUAAUAGGUACAUUUUAUCAACAGGGACACAGGCAAAGCCGCUAGCAGAAGCUAGUAUAUAGAAUAAUUAUUUUAAUUAACCAUAGUAAGCUUUGAUUUCUUUUUUUUAUAUUUAGAUUUUCUUUUUUGUUUAAAUUACUUAAGAUUAUUAUGUUUUUCACUCAUUGUCAUUUAUGUUAUAGGUACGUAGGUACAUUAUUUUUAUUCCAAUGUUGUAAUUAAUGUUUUAGUUUAUACAUAAUAACCCCUGGUACCCUGUCUACUACUUAAAUGACAACUACCUAACAAAUAAAUUAACCUCUAGAUUGAUCAAGUAGUAAUAAAAUAAAAUUAUUAAAAAAUUACUCGUUGUCACAUUUCGGGAUAAGGUGAUUCAGUUUUAUGUUAUUUAAAUCAAAAUCGAUUGAGGACAAGGAUAAGUUUGGAUUCAAAAUUCAUUAUGUUAUGUAGAUAUUAAUUUCGCCUGUUAUACAAACCUACGUUUGUAGAUUUUAUUGAUUUUAAUUCAUGUAAAAAUGUAUCAAAAUAUAAAUUCCAUUACUAACA